AUGGAUGAAUCAAGAGAAGUACGAACAGAUGGCAAUUCUCUCCUGAAGGCUGUCUAUUUGAGUCGUCUACGUCUGACUCGGCUGCUUCUGGAGGGAGGGGCCUACGUAAAUGAGAGCAAUGAACACGGCGAGACGCCGUUAAUGGUGGCUUGCAAAACACGUCACUCGGAUACACAGAGUGUGGCCAAACACAAAAUGGUCCAGUAUCUCCUGGAAAACGGUGCUGAUCCAAACAUUCAAGACAAAAGUGGGAAAACUGCUUUGAUGCAUGCAUGCCUUGAACAGGAUGAAACUGAAAUCCUGUCCCUCCUGCUGACGAAUGGUGCCGAUCCAACGCUGGAGGACCACUCCGGUUCGUCGGCACUUGUUUACGCCGUUAAUUCAGGUAACAGGGACAUUCUCAAGAUCCUCCUAGAGGCUUGCAAAGCUAAGGGAAAGGAGGUCAUUAUCAUCACAUCCAACAAGCUACCAUGUGGCCAGCAGAGAACAAAGCAGUACCUAAAUGUCCCUCCACCCCAACAUCUAGAGGAACAUCCGUAUUGUACACAAACCUGCUCGUCUCCUUUUGAGACCCAGCAACAGGGUUCCUCGGCAAGUGCUUCUCCACAGCCUGGCAGUCCUCUAUUUAGCCUUAGAAAUACCAAGGGUCCUGGCGUAUCGGUUAGCCUUGAUAGAUCUAGACCAGAUUCUCCAGUUAAACAUCCUAGUCCGUUACGCAUUCCUAGUGUGGAUAAGAGGCUAACUCUGCAGCGACUACACUCUCAGCAAUGGACCAAAAGUCCAACCCCACUUCUUCAGAAGAGCCAGACCUCCCUGUUGACAGAAGAGCAAGUAGAAUCACCAUCAGAGGAGAUCUCAUCGUUCAGAAGCCUUAAUUUCCAUAGUCGGGCUCCAGCUUUUUUGCGCCACCAUAGCAUGGACAUAAAAGAUGGGCUCCUGAAAGCACUGGACAACAUAUCAGGGGGCCACAGUGGAAGAUGCUUUGCCCGAAAGAUGUCAUAUGAUAGCGCUGCAAGUGCACAGUAUUCCACUUCUAACCCAAACUUACAUCAAGAAAACAAUCUCCCAUUUCCUCUUGAAACCAUUCCUGCCGAUGGCGAUGCAUCUGACAGACAGUUAAACAUUUCCAGUCUGCAAAACGUUAUCCAUCGACGCAACAUUGGCGUUGAUCAUUACAGUUCAGACUCUCACUUACCGCAAUUUGGUGGUAAAGACUCAAACUGUCUGAAAAAAGGAUUGGACAGGUCCAAACUGAUGAACAGCAGAUCCUCUACUCUGUCAGGCUCCAGAGAGUCUCUGGGUAGUUUUUCCCAGAGACGAGGUGCUGUUGGAUUAGAACGAAGAGGCUCAGGGGCCCUCCUCCAGGAUCACAUCUCCUCUACUCGGCCCGGAUAUCUCCCCUCUCUCAACCCGCAUGCUCCCAUUCCAGAUAUUGGGGCCAACUCUGUCUCUCUGUGUCCCAGUGGAAAAACACUCAAUGUAGUUUUUAAAGGCUCUAAACCUAUUCUGCCCUGUGUACAGAUUUUCCCAAGAGAUAUGAACACCAGUAAAAUGCUGUGGAGGCGUCACUCCAUGCAGAGUGAACAGAUUAAGCAGCUGUCUGACUUUGAGGAAAAGUAG